AUGUCGAAGAACCCAGAAGAAAACUAUGCUCGAGACAUAGUUGGAGCUGAAAUUCAAGAAAACCCAGGUGCAAUUUCAGAACAAAUGAGUGGGUAUCAAUCAAGAAAUGAGAGCCAUUCUGUUUCAAUGUUUGCAAAUUCGCAAUGUAUCGCAAUCCAGAUGAACAUUUCUAAGUUGGGAAUGGACGGAAUGGACCAAAUUGAAAUAUUCAGAAAACCCAGAUGA